AUGGCUGCUCCAGCAGCAUGCAACAAUGCCUCAAGCCUCCAACAUUGGCUUUACAGCAGCCAAAUCGACGACCAGGCUCUUAAACUGCUAGAGAAUCCCGAACUCGUUGGUGUACAAGCACUCUACAGCUGGAAAUCCCUCGAACCUUCUCAGAACGAAUACGACUUCUCCAAUAUCAAGAACGACAUGGCUCGUGUUUCAGCAAAAGGCAAAAAGUUCUGGAUCCAGCUCCAAGACAGAACGUUCUCUCCCACCAACGACCCCGUACCCAAAUACAUGCACACGCCGCAAUACAACAACGGCAGCGCACCAACUUGCGACGGAGAAACAUGCGAUACCGACUUCAAAAUCGAUGGGUGGAUGGCGCAGCAAUGGAAUCCUGAAGUGCGAAAGCGUUACCAGGCACUGCUGAGUGCGCUAUCUAAAGAAUUUGAUGGCCAAAUCACCGGCCUCAAUUUACCUGAAACGUCUAUUGAAGUGAAUGAGAAGGAAAACAAUUUCACUAAUGAAGCUUAUUUCCGGGGUGAGCUUGAAAAUGCUGGACACGCUGUCUCGGUCUUCAAGAAGUCGUACGUUGUGCAGUACGUAAACUUUUGGCCGGAUGGCUGGAAUAAUGCCAACAACCGGUUCACCGAUUCUUUCGACUAUUACGCCGAGCAUGGUGUUGGCGUUGGCGGACCGGAUUUGAUCCCCUACAAGGAAGGUCAAGUCAAGAAUUCGUACCCAUUUAUUACCAAGUAUCAUGAUAAGGUGCCCAUCACAGUGGUAGCUGUUCAGGAACCAGAUUUGAAGGCGAUCAAUCCUGUGACUAACACGAAUUUUACAAAGGCAGAAUUUGUGGACUAUGCCACGAAUGUGUUAAAAGUUCGAAUCAUCUUUUGGGCUACAUCUUCACCUUGGUUACAAAGCAGUUAG